AUGGAGAGAAACAUGUCCACUGCGCAAGAGUUGGAGGCGACACUUAUGGACCCUCGCUUCUUACGUGGUACAUCAUUGCUGAAGAAAAAGCGUUUUGAGGAAGCAAUAGUGGUCUUUGAGGAUCUAUUACGUCUUUUUUGCGAGGCAGAAGGCAAGAGUGAAUCAUUGGCUGUGGCUCCUAUUUACUAUGAAUAUGGUAAUGCUCUAUUAAGUCUCAAUGAGACAACAUCAAGUAUAUUUGGUCAUGUUGUUGAAGGUUCUGUACCCAAUCGAAAUGAAAAUAGUGAAAAGGACACUCAAGAGUCAUUGGGUGACUUGGAGGCAGCUUGGGAGGUCAUGGAAUUAGCGCGCGUUAUUUACUCGCGUUACCCUGGAGAUCAAGUAGUUGAGAUGCAGCUGGCUAGGGUAUACACUCGAUUAGGAGAUUUGAGUCUUGAAAGUGACCAGUAUGAACAAGCUAAAGCAGACUUUGAAAAGGCAUUGCUGCUACGAAGGAAGCUGCUGAAUGUUACCAAUGCCGAGGACACGACGCAGCUAGCUGAUCUAUACUGUCAAUUGGCUAUUGCAUGUAUUUAUAGAGACUCAACACAAGAAAAGGAGAAGAAGGGCGAUUCGAACGAAGGACUUACGUACUAUGUCAUGGCUGGCCGAGUCAUGGCAGAGAAUAUUCAUCGGGUGGCAAAAAAGUGUGUCGAUAAGGUGCAAGUAUUUGUGGCGAAUUGUGUUCCCCAGUAUUCAUUUGAAGGAGACAGUGUUGCAGAGCUACAUAGCAAAGGCAAGAGGAAGGGUUGUAAAUCGAGCACACGAGAUCCGACGCUCACGUUGCAAUUUAAUGGAGAGCGUCCUGAAGCGCUUCGCGAGGAAUUCCUCGCUUGUGUCGACGUCACGGAGGAACAAAAGGACGCGCUGAAAGCGGACGAGAAGACUCUGCUUGAAUACCUUGAAAUCUACUUGGAACUAAAGGAGAAAGUGGAUGGCAUUAUAGAGACUAGUGUAGGUGCUGUACCAAAGAAGGAUAAGGGAAUGGAUGAGGCGGUGACAACCCUUGGAUUGCGACAGACUGAUGCAUCAAUUGCUGCUGCUGCCUCAGUAGUUAACGUGGUUCCGGUGAAGAAACGGAAGACAGUGGCAUGUGUGGCCAAGUCCAAGGAAAUGAUGGAGGCGUUUGCACCUGCUAGUAGCAAGUAA